AUGGAUACGCGACUGGCUCAAGAACGAUCUGCCUAUCAGAAGCGGAUCGAGACGGCCUUGGAUGAGGAUGAAGACCCGCUUGCGGUCUAUUACGACUUCGUCCAAUGGAUCAUGAAGAAUGAACCGGAUACUAAGACCUCGGGAUUACUUCCCGUGCUCGAGCAGGCGACGCGGAAAUUCAGGAACGAUGUCGCCUACAAGACAGAUCUACGAUAUCUAAAACUCUGGAUACUAUACGCGAAGAACAUAGAGAAGGGAACGCCUGCUGCCGUGUAUGGCUUUCUACUGAAGAAUGACAUCGGGAGCACUUACUCAGUACUAUACGAGGAGUUUGCCGGGGUACUGGAGCGAGAAGGAAGGAUCUCGGAGGCGGACGUUAUCUAUCGCAAGGGAAUCAAACAACAGGCCAGGCCAGUAGAGAAGUUGAAGACCCGGUAUCGCGACUUCAAGGCACGGUGUCCAGCACCAUCCACUUCUGCCGGACCUCAAUCCCCCAAACAAAGUGCCCCAGGUCAAAGCGCAUCUUCGCCGGAUGCGCAUAAGCUUGUAACUCCAGGGCCAGGACAGCGGCGAGAGAAAUUGCAGUUCUCGUUAUCUCUACUCCUUACAGGAGACGGCAUAGAGUAUAGCAUUCAAGAAGCCAGGGCGCGGUCGAUGGGGCUACUUGGGAAGAAAUGGGGGCCACCAGAGCAGCUUUCCAGGUCCACUUCUUCCACCUCUUCCAUGUCUCUGUCACACGAUUCAUCCGACUCCGACGACGGCGGCAAAUCUACGGCCAGGAAGUACGCGACACGACGAAGUCUUGGUUUAGGUCUGAGCGUGCCCGAACCAACAGUGACGAUCAAUACCAAGGAAGCAUUAGCGGACGUCUUUGGGAUGUACAAUUCUCCGGAUAAAACAGUCACCACGACAUUUCUUCGUCCCGGCGGCAAAUACGCCCCCGUCAAGAGGUUUGACAUGUCUGCAUCUUUGAACGCAGAGCCCAAACGAGAUCCUGCAUUAAGUACCUCCACAGGUGGGUUCCGUCCAUUUAUUGAUGAAAACGCGAUGCGGAAAGAGAAUGCGACACCGGGCCCCAAGCUCAAACCUUACGUGGAUCCCGAGAUGGCUAGAACACCAUUUACGAAUCAGGCCGCCAAACCCCCUCUUACAACCCCUCGAUUCGCUCUCGCUCCGAAGGAAUACGCAACACCUAGUCCCCUCGAUCGCACCGAGAAUAACGAGAAUGCUCUGGGCACAGGUAUCAAGGCCACCAGACUCGCUUCUGUCAAAGAAUCCGAAGAAACCUUUGCUCGCGUAUUCACUCCGGCCGCGUCAGGCCGGGCCCAGGCUGCCCAACAAGAAAGGACACCGGCCCCAGCGUUCAAGCCUUUCGUAGACGACGACGCACGCACACCCUUCAAGGUAUUUAGUCGCCCAGAACAAGGAGAGAAUGCCUACCGACGCGAAAACGUCUUUUCAACGGCAAAGCCGUUCACACCGUUCUCCGACAAGCCGACUUUCACUCCCUUCAAAGAUCGAGAUGAUGCUAAGUCUUCCUUUACCCCAUUCCGAGACAAACCCUCCGAGAGAGAACCGGAGAGGUUGGAACCGUUUGCAGAAGUCGCUGAGGAGCAAGAGGAGCAAGAGCAAGAAGAAAUGUCUUCUGAGUCUACUGACGACGACGAAUAUGGGGAGGUUAUGGAGGAGGAUCAACCGCUUCCAUCACCUUCAACGGGCACAUCUUCCUCUGGAAUGGAGGACUGGCAGGAAUCUCAAGGGCAAGCGGAGUAUGCUGAAGGAGAAGGGGAAUACUUCGAGGGCAACGAUUACGAUGACUUUAAUGAGCCAGAAGCCCCCCUUGGAGGGCGAUUCGGUGCAUUUAAUGUGAUGACGCCCAUUACAGAGCGAACAUUUGAAUACACGACAACUCGAUCAGUCUUCGCUACUCCAAGUGAUCGCAACCAUUCAUCGGGUCGACAUGCAGAGGAUUACGACGCGGUCGGAGAAGCAGAACGCCUUGCUGAAGAAGUGCGUGCGGAAGACAUAACGGAUCGCAUGAGACUUGGUACUGUCCUAGAAGCUGAGAACCAGCGCCACCGACAGCUAGAUGAAGAGGUCAACGCAUUAGAAGAAAGGACGGGGAAACUCAACCUUCUUGAUACACUCACCAAGACCUCGAAGUUUAAACCACCCAAUCCUUGCAAUGCGUUCGAUCCGCCGAUCAUGUCGACAUUACUUACCCUCGUUACUUCGGACGCCCAUUUCUACGAUCUUAGCAACUACGAGUCAAAUACGCUCGACGACCUUCAGAGGUUCGCUAAGAAAUCUCGGAAGACGAGCGGAAGUUCCAGUCAUGGCGGGCAUCUUGACAUGGGUGACAGCUAUCCCGUGGCUCUGGGUGAAACGCAGUUUGAUGUGUCGGAGAAGCUCGGGGAGGGAGGGUUUGGUGCUGUUUUCAGGGCUAAGGAGAGGAAGGGUGACGGUGACGACGACGACGACGACGACGACUUCUGCGAGGACGAAGAUGAAGGCAGCUCGUCUGCGGUAGCCAUCAAGAUAGUUAAACCACGGAACCUCUGGGAGUACCACGUACUACGCAGACUACACACUUCGCUGCCCCAAUCGCUCCGCCGUUCAAUAAUCCUGCCACAAGCACUCUACGCCUUCCGUGACGAGAGUUUCUUGGUCUUGGAACUGUGCCCUCAAGGAAGUUUACUAAGCAUUGUUAACAACGCCGUUGCAGCGGGCGUAUCGCAACAGGGCGGCUGUUUGGACGAACUGCUGGUCAUGUUCUUCGCUGUUGAGUUAGUGCGUCUCAUCGAAGGGCUGCAUCGAGCGGGGUUCAUCCACGGCGACCUUAAAAUCGAUAAUUGCCUUCUUCGAUUGGAAGAUGUCCCUGGGGGUGCCCCUGCUUGGGAAAGCCUCUACCAACCAAACGGCAGUGGGGGUUGGAAGUGCAAGGGGAUCAAGCUCAUCGAUUUCGGGCGCACGAUAGACACCAAGCUUUUCCCUUCAGGUCAGCAAUUCAUCGCUGAGUGGCCCGCUGACGAGCGGGAUUGCCGAGAAAUUCGGGAGGACCAGCCGUGGACGUACCAAACCGAUUACUACGGCUUAGCUGGGAUCAUAUAUUGCAUGCUAUUCGGCAAAUACAUGCAGAGCACUUUCAUUGGUCUGGCCGAUAGCCCAAACCCGUCGCAUCCUGGACCAAGAUACCGUGUACUGACUCCCUUCAAACGUUAUUGGCAAUCCGGGCUUUGGAACAAGCUGUUUGAUAUACUGUUGAACCCUUCAUUGCUCCGGAGGGGUGGCCACUUGCCUGUUUGCGACGAGGUGGCUGAAGUUAGGCAAGACAUGGAAGCCUGGCUCCAGAAGAACUGCAACCGGACGAGCAAUACCCUCAAAGGGUUGCUCAAGAAGGUCGAGCUGUCGGUGUUGAGGGCGUCAACCCGAAACUAG